CACAGCCUACUGACAGUCGCCUCCUGUCCAAUGGCGAACGACAGAAAAAGAAGGAAAAAACUAUUGUCUCGAUCAUAAACAACAAAUCGACAACAACGUUCGACGCCUCGCUCCGAAAAGAUUCGCGAAAAACGGUAUUUAAAGUGCGAUUUCCUAGCGUAGCGGUGGCGCAAGACCUGCAGCAGCGAGCGCACUAUCGCACACGGCCAGUGGGCGGACAGGAAGCGUGCGAUAUUUGCCGCAUGGGAGCAGUUUUCGCCGACCCCGUCGCCAGACUCGAUGUGAACUUGAUAAAAAUAGAGUGCAAUUCAUUGACCACACCGAACGCAGCCGUGCGCGCAGAAUGAGCUUAUGAGGAGUUAGUUAGCCGUGCCUCGGAAUGCAGCGUGUGCCUUAACUGUGAGUCGUGUGCAGAGAACACCACACCAAACAAUCACAUCCAUACACACAUACACAGACACAAACACACACACACACACACAAACCAGUCCGUAUCGCGAAUGGUGGGUACCAGCUCCUUCAUCAGCAACGCCAUUAGCACCUCCAGUGCGCCCAAUGGUAUCAGUGGGACUAGUAGCAGCAGUAGCACCAACAUCAACACUGCCGGUUCUGGCACGGCUUUUCGCAACGGAAUUAGUGUUGGUGGCAAAGCCACGGUACUCGGUGUGAAUUCGGCCACCGGACAUAAUGAGGUGGUGAGCGUUGCGAACGGGCUCCAUCUACGGCAACAUCCGCAACAGCAGCAGCAGCAGCAGCAGCAGCAGUCGAGCACUUCCGGUGUUGUUAGGCUUGCGAAGGGCAGCACUAGCACCGUGAUAUCGCUUCCGAGCGACCACCAGUACCACCAGUCCAUCGCAGGCGGAAUGAUUAAUCACAGUUCCUUGAUGUUCGCGACAACAACGACCACCAACCACCAACAGCAGCUGUCGGUUUUAUCGAACGCAUCACCAGUAGGCGACGGAGCAAUCGGCGAAAAGAAGGCAGGCGCUAAGAUCGGUGACAGUACCAGCUUGACAACCACCACCACCACCGCAGGCAACAGCAGCAGCAUCAUCCUGGCCAGUAAUACCACCACCAUCAUCACCUCCAGCAGCAGUAGCACCACCACCACCAGCAGCAGCAGCAGCAGUAGCAGCGGCACCACAACCAACAACAGCACCACGAUCACGACGAACACUCCCACCGAAUCGGAUCCGACGGGCGCUGAUACCGAGCUGUCGCUGGAAACCAAAGAAACGAGCCCGGACAAUGAACCGCAGGAGGAGCAGCCGGAGAUUGACAUCGUGAUCAACAACGUGGUCUGCUCGUUCAGCGUACGCUGUCAUCUGAAUCUGCACGACAUCGCCCGCCACGGGCACAAUGUCGAGUUCCGGAGGGAGCACGGGAUGGUAACGAUGAAGCUGCGCCGCCCCUACACGACUGCUUCGAUUUGGUCGUCCGGAAAAAUCACUUGCACCGGUGCUACGUCAGAGCAUCAGGCAAAAAUAGCGGCACGACGCUACUCACGUUGCCUUCAGAAGUUAGGGUUUAAUGUUAGAUUUAGGAACUUUCGUAUCGUGAAUGUGCUCGGCACCUGCAGCAUGCCGUUCGGCAUCAUGAUUGUCAACUUCUCGGAGAAGUACAAAAAGGAUGCCAGCUACGAGCCGGAGCUGCACCCGGGCGUCACCUACAAGCUGUAUUCGCCGAAAGCGACCCUGAAAAUAUUCUCAACCGGAAGCAUUACCGUCACCGCGGCUAGUGUGGCCUUUGUGCAAGCGGCAAUUGAGCAAAUAUUCCCGCUAGUGUACGAGUUUCGCAAGAAGCGGACGCCGAUCGAAAAGCAGGCGAUGGCGAAGCAGCAACCACCGCCGGACUUUGACCCGCACGAUGUCGACCAUCUGAUCGAGGAGGACCGCGAGGGCGCGCUGGCGGAAGCGGAGGAGGGCCUCACGUACUGGAACGGCACGGCCGACGAACCGAUAAUGCAGCAGCCCGAGGAGGAGCAGCCGGACGAUGAGCUCGAGACGUUCGGCGACGACGCAGACGUCCGCACGCGUAACAACACCAAAGCAAUACACAAAAUCAAUAGUAUUAGGCAGAACGGUAAGAAGCGCCGAAUGCGCCAGCUGCGCCCAUCGGGCCGGGCUGUAAACGACGGGGACAGCAUGUCCGACGACGAUCUGUGCGUCAGUGAUUACGAAUAGAGGAAGCGUGACCACUCACUCGCGUGUCGUGCAGACACACAAACAGUCCCAAAGCAGCCUUUUGGUGGUGCACAUACUAUUGGAUCCUUAUCGGAAGUUUUGUCGUCGUCGUCGUCGUCCGGGCCCCGGUGAUGGUGGUGGCAGGACAAAAAGCGCGCACGUAAAACUAUAGACAAUUGGUGGACAAAAACGGAAGGAUCAAUGAAUCGUUACUAAUCAUCCAGAGAGAGCCUCAUCAAUCAAGAGCGUAGAGCGGAGAGAGACAACACGGACAGAAGUGACUGCCCCGGAAGCAUAGGAAACGUAAGAAAACAGACGGAUAAUAAUGCCACACACAUACACACACAUACACACACACACACACCCGUUACUGUCCUCCAGGAGGACAUCCAAUCAAAAGAGGGCAGAACAGAAGCACAGAGGGAGAGGAAGGGAGAGCAGCAAGAUCAACUAGUAAACAAUUAUUUAAUUAGGUCGUCAAGUUUGGAACUCUGGCACUGUUUCUCAUCAUUAUUACAUACAUCUGCUGGUACGAUAGAGAGAUGGGGAGAGAGAGAGAGAGAGGCCAGCUUCUUAUUUUUCCAUGGCAUAUUACACACCCUCACACACAAACACACCCAUUGGAAGAUUUACUGUCCUUUCCAGUGGAUAAAAAGGUUGAAGCUUUCUGGCGGUAGCUUCGCCCUAUCCGGUAGGAACCCCCCCCCCCCCCCCCCCCCAAACAAACAAACAAACACGCCGAGCAAUUAGAUUGUGUAUAAACUGUGACACACCGCCGUUCGUUCGAUGUCGAUUUAAAUGUAAACUGAUCGUGUGUCUGAUUCUAAAGGACCCUAACGCGCGUCCCUUCUAUGACUUGAAAAUUGUGCGUUGCCAAGGCAAACAUCAAUGUACCAAGGCAAACAUCUUUGAUGAUAGCUUAAGCGGGAGGGAGGAAGAGAACACAUAUGAAUGGGGAGCAAAGAGGGAAGCAGAGUGAGAUAGAGCGAUUGUGCGAUUUAGCUGCGAGUGGGCGGAAAGAGAAAAAAAGGAGAAAAGCAGCGCCACACAUCCUUGACUCGAAUUAUGACAAUGUGAUGAAGAAAUAAACACGAAAACAAUCCGCCAACGUUUAA